UGCAGUGAAAAUAAUAGUUCUUUAAAAAAAAAAUCACCUUAUAAAACCGGAUGUUUUGUAACGUCGUGUCUGAAAACGUGACGGGAGACUCGGGAGCUGCAGCAGAAACCAGGAGCAGCUGACGGACAGGAGGGCUCGGACUUUCUGAAUUAGUUUCUGACGUUAAUAACAACAUGUCAGUCUCUCGGACAGUGAUCUGUUUAUUACGCAAUGACCUGCGUGUCCACGACAAUGAGCUUUUCCACUGGGCUCAAACAAAUGCUGAGCACGUAGUCCCUCUGUACUGUUUCGACCCAAGACAUUACGUGGGAACUUACAACUUCAACUUCCCAAAAACGGGGCCUUUUCGUCUGCGCUUCCUGCUGGAGAGCAUCAAAGAUCUCAGAAACACACUGCUCAACAAGGGCAGCAAUCUGGUGGUACGGACUGGGAAGCCAGAGGACGUGGUUGCCGACCUCAUCAAGCAACUCGGCUCUGUUAGCAGUGUGGCUUUCCAUGAAGAGGUUGCUUCAGAAGAGCUGAAUGUGGAGAAAAGGGUGAAGGAAGUGUGUAGUCAGUUAAAGGUGAAGGUUCACACCUGCUGGGGCUCGACGCUUUACCACAGAGAUGACGUGCCAUUUCGCCACAUGUCCAGGCUGCCUGACGUGUACACUCAGUUCAGAAAGGCAGUGGAGAUCCAGAGCAGCGUGAGACCCGUGUUCCCAACUCCCGAGAGACUGAAUCCUCUUCCCCCAGGGUUGGAAGAAGGAGUUAUUCCCACAGUAGAGGACAUGCAACAAACUGAGCCUUUGACUGAUCCUCGCUCAGCUUUCCCCUGCAGUGGUGGAGAAAGUCACGCUCUGGCUAGACUUGAACACUACUUCUGGGACACUGAUAAAGUUGCAACUUACAAGGAGACUCGCAAUGGCCUGAUCGGGGUGGACUUUUCUACAAAAUUUUCACCGUGGCUGGCUGUAGGAUGCAUUUCUCCAAGGUACAUUUAUCAUCAGAUCAAACAGUAUGAAAAGGAGCGGACAGCCAAUCAGAGCACCUACUGGGUCAUUUUUGAGCUUUUGUGGAGAGACUACUUCAGGUUUGUGGGCGUCAAGUAUGGAACCAGAAUUUUUCAACUCAAAGGGCUCCAGGACAGAUCAGUGCCAUGGAAGAAGGACACAAAGCUUUUUGAUGCAUGGAAAGAGGGGCGCACAGGGGUCCCCUUUGUGGAUGCAAACAUGAGAGAGUUGGCACAGACGGGCUUUAUGUCUAACAGAGGGCGACAAAAUGUUGCAAGUUUCCUCACUAAGGAUCUGGGUCUGGACUGGAGGUUGGGAGCCGAGUGGUUCGAAUACCUUUUGAUUGAUCACGAUGUCUGCAGCAACUAUGGGAACUGGCUUUACAGCGCCGGUGUAGGAAAUGACCCCAGAGAGAACAGGAAGUUCAACAUGAUCAAACAAGCACUCGACUACGACAGCGGCGGCGAUUACGUGAGGCAGUGGGUUCCAGAGUUGAGCUCCAUCAGAGGAGCAGAUGCGCACACACCCUGGACUCUCAGCUCUGCAGCGCUGUCGCACGCUCACGUGACCCUCGGUGAGACCUACCCCACCCCUGUUGUCGUCGCGCCUGAAUGGAGUCGGCACUUUAACAAGAAACCGAGUGACCCAGGGCCUUCUCCAAGAGGAAAGAAGGGCCCGUCUCAUACUCCCAAACAACACUGAGACCGAGGCAUCGACUUCUACUUCUCCAAGAGCAAAAAUCUGUGAUCGAGCUCAGAGCGGUCUGCAGAUGGGACACUCUACACAUUUUAAACUUUUAUGUGAAAAUCUGCGUUCCAGAUAUUUUAUAAGUUUAAUGAAAAU